AUGACCAUGUUUGAAAAUGUCACCCGGGCCCUGACCCGACAGCUAAACCCUCGAGGGGACCUUACGCCCCUUGACAGCCUCAUAGACUUCAAGCGCUUCCACCCCUUCUGCCUGGUGCUGAGGAAGAGAAAGAGCACGCUCUUCUGGGGCGCCCGGUACGUGCACACCGACUACAGCCUCCUGGAUGUGCUGGAACCUGGCAGCUCACCCUCAGAUCCAACAGACUCUGGGAACUUUGCCUUUAAGAAUAUGCUGGAUGCCCGAGUGGAGGGACAGGUGGAUGUGCCAAAGACGGUCAAAGUGAGCGGGGCUGCAGGGCUGUCUCGGAGCAGCACCCUGGAGGUCCAGACACUCAGUGUGGCUCCCAAGGCCCUGGAGACCUUGCAUCAGGAGAGGAAGCUGGCAGCAGAGCACCCAUUCCUGAAGGAGAUGCGAGAGCGAGGGGAGAACCUGUAUGUGGUGAUGGAGGUGGUGGAGACCGUGCAGGAGGUCACUCUGGAGAGAGCCGGCAAGGCAGAGGGUGUCUUCUCUCUCCCAUUCUUCGCCCCUUUGGGGCUACAGGGAUCCAUAAACCACAAGGAGGCUGUAACCAUCCCCAAAGGCUGCAUCCUGGCCUUUCGAGUGAGACAGCUGAUAGUCAAAGGCGAAGAUGAGUGGGAAAUCCCACAUAUCUGCAAUGAUAACAUGCAAACCUUCCCGCCCGGAGGAAAGCCAGAAGAGAAGUUCCUCCUCAUCCAGGGAGCUGAUGCUGGGGAGAUGCACGAGGACUUCGAGACACUAAAAGAAGAGAUCCAACGAGAGACCCGAGCAUUGGAGACACUGAGCCGUGUGGGACAAAGCUCCCUGCUCACCUCCCUCAGCAAACUUCUGGGAAAGAAAGGGGAGCUACAAGACCUGGAGCUCACGCUUGAAGGGGCCCUAGACAAAGGACAUGAAGUGACACUGGAGGCACUCCCCAAAGAUGUCCUCAUAUCAAAGGAGGUUAUGGGCGCUGUCCUCUAUUUCCUUGGAGCCCUAACAGAAUUAAGUGAAGCCCAACAGAAGCUGCUGAUAAAAUCCAUGGAGAAAAAGAUCCUACCUGUGCAACUAAAGCUUGUGGAGAGCACAAUGGAACAGAAUUUUCUACAGGAUAAAGAGGGUGUUUUCCAUCUGCAACCUGACCUGCUCUCCUCCCUUGGGGAAGAGGAACUGACCCUCACAGAGGCCCUAGUGGGGCUGAGCGGCCUGGAGGUGCAGAGAUCAGGCCCCCAGUACACGUGGGAUCCAGACACCCUCCCCCACCUCUGUGCCCUUUACGCUGGCCUCUCCUUCCUGCAGCUGCUGACCAAGGCCUCCUAA